AUGCAAACUCCGUUUAAAAAGCAACCAAAAAGCAUAAAACAAAUUAUUAAAGACUUAAUAAUUAAGGAAAUGGAGAGGGAAAGCAAGAAAAAAAUAAAUAUAAUUGUCAUACCCACUAGAAUUGGCUAAUCGUGUUGGGGAACUCGAAACUUAAGAAGAAUAUCACCUUCAAAUCACCAAAAAAAUGAAUAAGGUGCAAUAUUUUCUCCUAUAAACUGCAGCCAGAUCUCUCCAAUGAAUUAAAGUCCAGGAUCUCCUUCAAACUAUCGAAUUAAAAAUAAGUCAAAGUAUGGAAAAUUAUUAAAAAUGAACAAUUAAGAAUAAACUUACUAAGCUAGCAAAAAGGAACAAAAAUAUAAAACUGAACCUCGUUAGAAAUCUUAAUCUGUCAAUACUACUAAGCCUUUUCACCAAAGAUUACCAUCUUUGCCUCGAAGGAUAAAUUACUUUGCUGACGAGGCCAAAAGUUUAUAACUUAAAUUAACUGACACUAUUGAAGGAUAUCGGGUACAACAAGACGAUAUGUCUUUGGAGAUUGAUGAAUAUGUUAAGAUGAAAUAUAUUAAUUAGUUUAAACAUUAAGAAAAUUGA